AUGUCUCUGGCGCAGCUCUCCCGCCUGCUGCCUCUCCCCGAGGAUGAGCUGAAGCAAAUGCUCGACUACGCAAACACAUUAUCGAAAUCCGAAGCCGCAAACCACUUCAACGACUUGCUAGGCGACUCCCCACAGGCUGUCGAAUUCAUAUCUUCCUUCAAUUCUCGACGACAAGAGAAGAAGACGCCGGCCCCAGCGCCCCAAUCCAGUUCCAUCAGCUCAAGUGCCCCUGAACCUGCACCAAGGACAUCACGAGGCCCCAAGAAGAAGAAGGCCAACAUACACACACCAGCCGCGAGGCAGAUCGACGCUGCGCCUCCUCCGGGGGCAAGCUACAAUAAAAAGUCGCAGGAGGAUGAGUGGUAUGGAGGGAAGAAGCCAGCUCAGGCGGUGGAGAGUAGUAGGGCCCCGUCGUCGGGUUCCAAACAACCGCCAAAGAGCGCGACCCCUCCUCCGCAGCAGCAGCAAAGAACGGCCGGAGGCUACUUGAUUUCCGACGUCAAGGCCAAGCCCAAGUCGAACCCCGUGUCACGAUCCUCUACUCCCAAGCCUACGACGAAACCUACAAAGAUAUCGAUUGCCGGCGGUACGCCAAUGGCGGGUGCAUCAACGGCCCUCAAUGACCUGGAUGCCGCCAUCAGGUCCCUGGAGGUGACAACGAACCGGACAAUGGGCGACGACCCGAGAGCCAGGAGGUGCAAUUGUGUUGCUACACGGCACCCGCUGCAGACCGCGGCGCCAAACUGCCAGUCAUGUGGCAAGGUCAUCUGUGUCAAGGAAGGUCUCGGACCAUGCACAUUUUGUGGCACGCCUCUACUAUCAUCGGAGGAUGUUCAAGGAAUGAUUCGGGAGCUCAAGUCCGAGCGAGGAAAGGAGCGCAUGGCUGCGGAUAGAGAUGCUCACAAGCGCGCCGAGGUCAGCAAGAAGCCGGCGCCAUUCACCCAGCAUAAGAUGACCGAGGCGGAGGCCAAGGCGAAGGAGCACCGGGACAAGUUGUUGAACUUCCAGGCGCAGAACGCGCGGCGAACAACGGUCAGAGACGAGGCGGCGGACUUUGAUGUCAGCGGGGCCAUGGCCGGCAGCGGAGGCAAUAUCUGGUCGACGCCCGAGGACCGUGCCAGGGAGCUCAAGAGGCAGCAGAAGAUUCUCCGCGAGAUUGAGUGGAACGCGAAGCCCGAGUACGAGAAGCGGCGGCAGGUGGUCAGCAUUGACGUGGUGGGUGGGAAGGUGAUUAGAAAGAUGGCGGCUGUGGAACGGCCGACGACGCCGGACGAAGAGGAUGUUGUUGUGGAUGAAGUUGAAGAUGAGAAUUACAGCCUUGCUAGCCAGCGGCAGGGUGGACAGGGUGGUGGUGGUGGCGGCGGUGCUUUCAGUCAGAAUCCUUUACUCGGAGGACUGAUCAAACCGGUGUGGGACGCCAAGGGGAAGGGAGCACAGCUGGAGGGCCGCAAGGAUAGAAAGACGCAGUGGAGGAGGGUGGUACAGGACGACUUUGGGGACAACGAAGCGGUGAUAUUAGAUGGCGGGGCGCAUGGAUACUCGGCGACGGGUGAUGAGCCAGCGUGCGGUUGAGUUGUCUGUGGAGUGGUCGUGGAGCCAGGAGUGUGGAGGAUCCUCAACAUGUGGCAUGCUGGAUGGUUGGGUUAGAGUCUUUUAUAGAUGAGACAUGCCGCAUUCCUCGGGGACUUCAUGUGUUCAAAACAAAGCAUUGUCUAGCGGUGACGGAGGUGCACUCGGUUGGUUGGUUGCAUACAUGACAUGGUUGGGGGAUCUGAUAGAAACCAUCUGCUCCGUAAGGUAGAGAUAGAGAUAGACCACUGGUACCAAUUAGACGUCGAAUGCUCGGUUCACAUUUGGGCUUGGGCAGCAACACUUGAUCUCCAGGGGUAUCCGGUUGAUGGCCCAAUCAAAAACAUAGAUAAGGCCUGGAAUAGCAAGUUGAUGUUUGAUGAAGAGCAAACAUGAUGUUGAGGGUGUCCAGUUUGUUAUAAGAGGUUCAAGGAAG